AUGCCCACCCAAGUCCGCAUCUUCAGCUCACCAAGGUCUCUUGGUGAGACACUCGCCACCCCCAUCCAGCUUUCUCCCGCCGUCCCGCGCUCCGUGCCGGAAGAAUAUCCCGAGCUGCCACGACCUACCGUCAGCCCGACCCUCAAGGCGCGCCAUUACUCCAUGUCUGCCGAUGAAGAGGUCGACAAGCCCAAGGGCGGCGUCACCUAUGCUCACCAGGACAAGCUGCCGAAGUUGCCCAUCCCGGAGCUUGAGCUCACCUGCCAGCGAUAUCUGACGGCCCUCAAGCCGCUCCAGUCGGCCAGGGAACAUGCCGAGACGAGGCAUGCCGUGCAGGAAUUCCUCCGGAAUGAGGGGCCAGAGCUGAACGAGAAGCUGAAGAAGUAUGCCGAAGCGAGGACCAGCUACAUCGAGCAAUUCUGGUACGACUCAUACCUCAACUUCGACAAUCCGGUCGUCCUCAACCUGAACCCCUUUUUCCUGCUCGAGGAUGACCCGACGCCUGCCCGGAACAACCAAGUAACGCGGGCUGCAUCGCUGGUGGUGUCCGCCUUGGAGUUUGUGAGGGCCGUCCGCAAGGAGGAGCUCCCGCCCGACGCGGUUAAGGGCACGCCUCUGUGCAUGCACCAGUACUCGCGCCUGUUCGGCACUGCCCGGGUCCCAACCGACGCGGGGUGCCAGAUCGAGCAGGACCCUGAGUCCAAGCACAUCAUUGUCAUGUGCCAUGGCCAGUUCUACUGGUUCGACGUCCUGGACGACAACUCGGACGUGAUCAUGACGGAGAAGGACAUUGCCAUCAACCUGCAGACCAUCAUUGACGAUGCCGCGCAGACGCCGAUCCAGGAAGCGGCCAAGGGCGCGCUGGGCGUUCUCAGCACGGAAAACAGGAAGGUCUGGUCGGGCUUGAGGGACGUGCUGACGAGGGAGCCGGGAUCGAACAACGCCGACUGUCUCAGCAUCGUAGACACGGCCCUCUUCGUGGUCUGCCUCGACUACACCGAGCCGACAACGGCGGCGGCCCUCUGCCAGAACAUGCUCUGCGGCACCAGCGAGAUUGAAAAGGGCGUGCAGAUCGGCACCUGCACGAACCGGUGGUACGACAAGCUGCAGAUCAUCGUGUGCAAGAACGGCAGCGCGGGAAUCAACUUUGAGCACACCGGCGUCGACGGCCACACGGUGCUGCGUUUCGCGAGCGAUGUCUACACGGACACAAUCUUGCGCUUUGCGAGGACCAUCAACGGCAAGGCGCCGACCAUGUGGACGUCGACCAGCCCCGAUCCGUCCAAGCGAGACCCCGAGAGCUUCGGCGACGUCAACACAACGCCGCACAAGCUGGAGUGGGACAUGAUCCCCGAGCUGAGGAUCGCCGUGCGCUUCGCCGAGACGCGGCUGGCGGACCUGAUCCAGCAGAACGAGUUCCAGUGCCUCGAUUUCCACGCGUACGGCAAGAACUUCAUCACGUCGAUGGGCUUCUCGCCGGACGCCUUCGUGCAGAUGGCCUUCCAGGCGGCCUAUUACGGACUGUACGGCCGCGUCGAGUGCACCUACGAGCCAGCCAUGACCAAGAUGUACCUGCAUGGGCGGACCGAGGCCAUCCGGCCCGUAUCGGAAGAGUCGGUCAACUUUGUCCAGACAUUCUGGGCCGACAACCCGGCCGAGCAGAAGAUCGAAGCGCUCCGCAAGGCCUGCCAGCGCCAUGUGGCCACCACCAGGGACUGCGCCAAAGCCCAAGGUUGCGACCGCCACCUAUAUGCGCUGUUCUGCCUCUGGCAGCGCACCGUCGACGAGGACACGAGCAGCAGCAUGGGAAGCGGCAGCACCAACGGCUACUCCAGCCCCGUCGACAACCCCUCGGAUCGCGACUCCCUCGUUGGCAGCCCGCCGCGCGAACCAGAGUACCUCCUCGACGGCACCAAGUUCACCACCACCAAAACCGCCGCCGCGCCCUCGACCCGCUCUCGGGGCGACAGCCUCGCCUCCCGCGGCAGCCGCGAGAACGGCAGCGGCAACGGCCACUCGGCACAACACCACCCGCUGCCCCUGAUCUUCGCCGACUCGGGCUGGGACAAGCUCAACACGACGAUCCUGUCGACCUCCAACUGCGGCAACCCGUCGCUGCGGCAGUUCGGCUUCGGCCCCGUCUCCGGCGACGGCUUCGGCAUCGGAUACAUAAUCAAGGACGAGGGCAUCUCCAUCUGCGUGUCGUCGCGCCACCGCCAGACCCGCCGCUUCGUCGACACGCUCGAGAGCUACCUGCUCGAGAUCCGCCGCAUCCUGCGCAUCACCCGCAACGCCAUGGCCAGCAGCCGCCAGACCCGCGCGCGCGAGAUCGAUUCCCGGAAGAGCGUCGCCGACAAGGGCAAUAAGUCUGGUGCCGGUGCCGGUGGUGGUGCGGCAAGCUCCCAGCGCCAGAAGAUGAGGGGUCGGCUGAUUACGGGCGCCGAGAUGAUGAAGCGGGAGAAGAGUAGUCUCAAUGGCAGUAUCGGAAGCCCGACCGAGGACAGCUUGGUUAUGAGUGAGGAUGAUGAGUUGGGUGGCUAUGGCUUCUUCGACGCGGGCAUGCUGCUGCAGGCGCUCAAGGCGAGAGGCGAGGGCUACGACAACGGCGAGACGAAGCCGUCGGAGCGGGCGGCCGUGCAGGCGCGGAGGAGGGACGUUGGGAAGAAGUUGAGAUUGGUGGAGUACUGA